AUUAUAUUGCAGCAUAUAAUAGAUAUCUCGGCCAAUGGUACAAAUGAGGCUUCGAAGCUUUUCAUGUUGUUGGCCACUUCUGCAUUAGCCGACUUGAGGGGGGAGGCUCAGACGGCGACAUUUUCGAGAAGUGGAAAUGUGUUGCACGGUCUGAUAAUUCCCCGCCCCAGUCCGAAACCCCGAUCUUUCGAAAAGGAGGUGUGUCAUAUCUUAGAAAUUUUUGUUGGAUGAGAAUGCAGACCAUCAACAAACAUUCAUCCUUCCCAACCGUUCGAGAUCAAUAACAUGGCUGAACACGAAUUACAACCUUCCGGUUCGCCACCUGGUUAUACCACCGCUCUGGCCAGUACUCCAAGGCCGUGUCAAAAAUGCGGGCACAUCAUCGGCCCCCAAGAGGAACCUCUACCUGGAUGGCCACUAGUCACUAAGGUCAUCGUAGAGAAUCCGGGGCUUGAGGCGUUUCCAUCUUUUAGAGAUCUGAAUAUCAAGAGCUUGCUCUACUAUCAGGGCGAGCUCGAUCAGCUGAGAACAAAGCUCCAAAAGCAGGAAUGGGAAGAUCACAACAAUCCUCCUCAGUCUGACGGUGAUGAUCUGAAUCUUGCUGCGCGGGUAGAUCACUUGUUGAUCUGCAAGGACCUAAGUGGUGAUGGACGGGCUCAGAUUGAUUUGAUUGCAAAGAUACGAGAAGUCUUAAAUAAAUACAACAAGGCUCUCAUACAGUACUCCCAGAUUACAGCAUUUCAGAAAGCUGAUCCUUCCAACGUCGAAACUCUCCGGGACUGGAUAUGGAAGGAGCAAUAUGGGGAUCGGUGUAUUAAAGGGUUUGGGUCGAGGAGCUGGGAUCCGCCUCACCCCGCCCCCUCGAAGCCGUCGAUCGAGCGGCAGUUUCUACAGAUUCUAUGGCGUCUUGCCUGGCCGAAAAAACUCGAAGACAAAAACCUUGACCUUAUAUUUCCUCACCCAAUUCACAAAGUGGCCGGUCUUACUGGCUGGGUGGCCAAUGAAUGGGCACCUUUCUGGCUGGAGCUCCGUGGGACGCGUUUCGGGUGCAAGCUCUGCAAGUUGUGGAAGGCAAGCAAGAAAAUACUACAUCUUGAAGAAAAUUCGAUGGCACAGCAGGAUACUUCAUGCCCUUGCAAAGUAUGGACUCUCAACACGUUCUCAGAACAUCGAAUGACACUAUUCACCUCGUCGGUGGCGACUCUCGUAGCUUGCGUCCUCCCGAUAGCCGCCAUAACGGUGCUUUCCAAACUCCAAUCAAAUUCUAAAACGCUCGGGAUAAUGGCUCUCUUUACUGUGGUUUUUGCGGGCGGGCUCAUGUACUUGGCCGGAGGAGCUUCUAGGGUCGAAAUAUUUACUGCCACGGCUGCGUAGGCUAUCCUUUCUUGACAUGGACUGCGAAUGAAGUCAAGUGCUAAUGAUCGCAGAUUCUCGG